UCACAACACUUUUUCCACUCAAUCAGGAAAACAUUCUCCAAAAACGCUACAAUGGCAGAAGAAUUCAAGCCUGUUUUCACUAAGGAUGCUGCUCCUCCCGCAGGUCCAUACUCCCAAGCCAUCGCCACCCCCCACGGCAUCUACGUCUCCGGCCAAAUCCCCUGCAAGCCCAACGGCGAGAUCCUGACCGCGCCCAGCUCCAGCAUCGCUGAGAUGACCGAGCUCUGCAUCCAGAACGUGAGCGCCGUGUUGAAGGCUGCCGGCUCGGACCUCACCCGUGUUAUGAAGGUCGGCGUCUUCCUGACGGAUAUGAGCCAUUUCGCGGAGAUGAAUGGCGUGUAUGAGAAGUACUUUACGGGGAAGCCGGCGAGAAGCUGUGUGGCUGUGCACCAGUUGCCUAAGGGCGUGCUGGUCGAGAUUGAGUGUGUUGCUUUGCCGUAA